AUGCUUUUGUCAUCUCCGUGUACGGAGAGGGUCGUUCUGAGCGGUUGGUUGAAACACCGCAAGGCCCAAUUCGAGGCUAUAAGGAUCCCCAGCAUGAGGUGUACGUAUUUUACGGGAUUCCGUAUGCCACAGCACCGACAGGAGUCGAUAGAUUUAAGUUUCGGCGGGAAUCCGGAUGAUGUAACGAUUGCCGGAUACAGUGCGGGCUCUACUUCCGUAGAUCUUUUGAUGUUGUCGGAAAUGGCAAAAGGGCUAUUCCAUAAAGUUAUCGCUGAGAGCGCCGCAAAUAUCGCCGCUAGCGCCGUUCAACUAGAUCCCGUUCAGAACGCUAAAUCUUACGCAAAAGCUUUGGGUUUCGAUAACGUUGAAGAUAUUUAUGCUUUGGAAAACUUCUAUAAAACUACCCCUUACGACAUUUUAACGAAACCCGUUCCCGACGGCUCUACACUACCGCAAUGGCCUCCCAUGUACGUUAACCGAAGUCCCCAUAUGGCCCUUAAUAAAUCUUUAGAACUAAAGGGACCAGCGCUACAGGAAAGGGCACAGUUUUGGGAUGAAAUUUACCAACUCUACUACAAACCUCCUUCGCCGCCGCCUAAUCCAAUGACGAGGCGUACUGACCUA